CCGGCGGGUGCGCGGCGCACGCGGAGCCCGCGGCCGCCAUGUACUUCCGGGACCUACCAGCGGCUUCCGGAAGCCGGGACGGCGUCCCCAUGACAACCGGCGUCGCGCCUCGGAGCGGGAGGAGAGCGCGCGGGCGGAGCGGGCCCUUGUCUUCAAGGUAAACAGCUCUGAUUUGAGGAACUAGUGCUUCUCCCUCAGUGCUGGGGAGAAAGCCAGGAGCUUUCUUUUGGGAAAUUGUGGAAUGUGCCCCUGGGGGCCCAAUAAAGCAGAAGGAAGAUGCUCCAGACCAGUAACUAUAGCCUGGUGCUCUCACUGCAGUUCCUGCUGCUGUCCUAUGACCUCUUUGUCAAUUCCUUCUCGGAGCUACUCCGGAUGGCUCCUGUCAUCCAGCUGGUGCUCUUCAUCAUCCAGGAUAUCGCAAUCCUCUUCAACAUCAUCAUCAUUUUCCUCAUGUUCUUCAACACCUUCGUCUUCCAGGCUGGCUUGGUCAACCUCCUAUUCCACAAGUUCAAAGGGACCAUCAUCCUCACAGCUGUGUACUUUGCCCUCAGCAUCUCCCUUCAUGUCUGGGUCAUGAACUUACGCUGGAAAAACUCCAACCGCUUUGUCUGGACAGAUGGACUUCAAACGCUAUUUGUAUUCCAGAGACUAGCAGCAGUGCUAUACUGUUACUUCUACAAACGAACCGCUGUGAGACUGGGCGAUCCUCGCUUCUACCAGGACUCUUUAUGGCUGCGCAAGGAGUUCACACAAGUCCAAAGGUGACUGCUUCUGGUCACACUGAUGGGUGCCUUUCCUUCCUGACAGAGGCCACAUUUAUGGCUCUGUGGGGUGGGGUUUACCCUAUGCACAGGAAGCAAUGUGACUUUCAUAGGACAGGCUCAGACCAUUUGUGUUUAAUAGUCAAGAAGGAAGAUCUUCCCUCUUGCAAAUUAAAGUGUUUCCCAAUACAGGCUUUAGUACAUAACCCUCCCUGGCCUCCUACCUCAGUUCUGCCCCUUUUCCUUUCCUGCUCUCUACUUCUCUUCCUCAUAGAAGGCUGUGAGGCUUGAUCCUUAGGAAGCUAUCACUUAGCCUGGUACAGGAGGGGCUCCUGGCACCUGGUUUCUUUGCAGCAAACAUAAUUAAUGGAUGCAAAGAGUGAUAUUUUUGAGCUCCUAACUCAUCACACUGUAGACAUUUAGAUUCUAUACCCAAGGCACUUUUUUAACACUUUAUAAAUAGGAAAUAAAUUGAAUUAUUUUUCCAUAAA